UUUAUGGCAUCCUGAUAUUUUUUUGUGCAGAUAUUUCUGCAAUAUCUAUUCAGCGCUCUACGGGUCACUGUUGGUUAAUGUGAGGAUAUAUAAGGCUCGGGCAUUAGUAGAUCCUCCCUCUCCUAUUUCAAUCAAAAACAUUGCAGCGGACUCCCCUUYUAUAUUAUAAGAACUAGCCUCUUAAAAGAGCGCACACAAUCGUUGCGGACCUGUUGGUGACACAAUAUCUGUUAUUGUGAAAACAACGUGUUUUUUUAUCGUAUUGUUUUCAGCCCGAGGAGUAUGAUGAUGGACGUUCUUUGUUGUCAUGGCGCAGGGAGAACCAGCUCGCGUACAUGGACAUGGCAGACAUGGCUCGUGCUUUUUAUCUGUCUCUAUGGCGCAGGGGUAGCGCGCGCCCAGGUCCGUUAUUCCAUCCCAGAAGAGAUGGCGAAGGGCUCGCUCGUGGGGAAUAUCAUGCAGGAUCUGGGUUUGGAUGUUAAAAGGUUGAAAUMUGGUCGAGCGCGGAUCUUUACUGAGGACAGCAGYGAGUACAUCGGUCUGAAUGCGGAUAAAGGGACGCUGGUGGUGAAAGAAAGGAUAGAUAGAGAGGAGCUGUGCGCCCAAGUGUCUCCCUGCUCUCUGCAUUUCCAGAUCAUCGUCGAAAAUCCGAUGGAGCUUCAUCGAAUUGACGUGGAAAUAUUAGACAUCAACGACAAUGCUCCUGCUUUCGAGAGGAAGGAAAUCAGAUUCGAGAUUAGUGAAUCUGCUCCUCCCGGUGCUCGGUUCUCGUUAGAUAGCGCUAAAGACCCCGAUGUAGCCAUAAAUACWCUCCAAACAUACCAACUGAAUCCCACCGAUCGUUUUAAAUUGAAUACCCUAUCUCGUCCAGAUGGAACAAAAUAUGUCGAAAUGGUUCUUCAGAUCGCACUUGAUAGAGAAAAGCAGGAAGAGCAUAAAUUAAUCUUAACUGCUUAUGAUGGCGGGACCCCCCAGAAAUCUGGCUCAGUCAAAAUCAACGUAAUUGUCUUAGAUGCAAACGACAAUUCUCCAGUGUUCAGCAAGUCUGUAUACAGGGUCACCUUACCAGAGAAUGCAUCAAAAGGCACCAUUGUCUUGCGAGUCAGUGCAACUGAUGCAGAUCAAGGAGCAAAUGGCGAGGUGACGUAUUCGUUUUCUCGAAGUACUGGUAGUAGCGCAUCAAGCUUGUUUAAUAUUGACACAUUUUCAGGCGAUAUUACAGUUAAUGGUAUKCUUGACUAUGAAAAAGUAAAACAUUAUGAGAUAGAUGUGGAGGCUACAGACAAAGGGGGUUUAACAGACACUAGUAAAGUGCUCAUUGAAAUGACUGACGUAAACGACAAUGCACCAGUGAUUAGCAUAAUUUCCUUCUCCAACCCUAUUCCCGAGGACUCUGCCCCGGAGACGGUCAUAGCCAUGCUCAAUAUCAAAGACUUAGACUCCGGUAAAAACGGUCAGGUGAAGUGUUCUAUUAGUCCUGAUUUACCAUUCGGUAUAAAGUUAUCCUCUACUAAUUUCUACAGUUUAGUUUCUGAUCAGGCAUUGGACCGUGAAACUGUGUCUGAAUAUAACAUAACAAUAACAGCCACUGAUGAAGGGUCUCCAUCUUUUUCCACUAAUAAGACAGUAACACUGAAAAUAUCAGAUGUGAAUGACAACGCCCCCCUGUUUCCACGACAGUCGUACACAGUUUACGUUGUUGAGAAUAACUCACCUGGACUGUCAAUAUUUUCUGUCAAGGCCAGCGACAAAGACUCUGGCAACAACGCGCAUAUUUCGUAUUUGCUCGAUGAUUAUCAAGUAAAUGGAUUGCCGGCGUCUGCGUGCGUUUCAGUGAAUGCAGAGAGUGGGGCGAUUCUUGCUGUGCGUUCUUUCGAUUAUGAGCAAAUGAAAGAGUUCCAAAUUCGCGUAAAAGCGCAGGAUGGAGGCUCCCCUCCMCUCAGUAGCAAUGUGACUGUGAAAAUAAUGAUCCAGGACCAGAAUGACAACGCKCCUCAGGUUCUGUACCCAGUCCAGACUAGCAGCUCUCUGGUGGCUGAAAUGGUGCCUCGUUCAGCAGAUGUGGGCUAUCUUGUSACUAAAGUGGUGGCUGUUGAUGUGGACUCUGGACAGAAUGCCUGGCUCUCGUAUAAACUGCAGAAAGCGACAGACAGGGCGCUGUUUGAAGUGGGUUACAGAAUGGAGAAAUAAGAACUAUACGCCAAGUCAAUGAUAAAGAUGCUGUGAAACAAAGGCUCACUGUUGUAGUG